AUGGCUUCAGGCGCAGGCGAGCUGGAGCUCCCGUUGGUGCAGGACCUUCAGCUGACCAAGUGCAUGAAGCUCCGAGCGCAGAGCCUCCAGCAGAAGAACGAGAAGCCGCAGGAGGGCGAGAAGCUCCUGCAGGCCGACGAGUUUGUCUAUCGCGUGGACUUCUCCCGCCAGCACGACCUCCGUUUCCUGCGUUGGAACAUCCGGCUGCACAAGCCGGGCAAGCUGUCCAUUGUGGGCACUUCCCAGCACUGGACGCCGGACCUUACCAACCUCAUGCGGAGGCAGCUGCUAGAGCCGGCAGCGGUGUUCUGGAAGAAGCCAGGGGGCAAAGAGGUGGAGUGGAACGAGGCCGACGCCCUGGAAUUUGGAGAGAGGCUGGUGGAGUUAGCCAAAAUCCGGAAGGUGAUGUAUUUUCUCCUGGUGUAUAGCGAUGGUCUCGAACCGGCUCACGUGAAGUGCUCGGUGGUGUUCAAAGCCUGA